AUGUACCCCGCAUGCGCGCACCACGCGGAGGGGUACCUCAAAGUCUCCGCCAUUCACUCGCUCUACUACCGCAUCUAUGGCAACCCAGCUGGCAAACCUGCCCUCUUCCUGCAUGGGGGGCCAGGCGCAGGGUGUUGGCCGAACCACGCGCGCUUCUUCGACCCGGCAGCGUACCGCAUCGUGCUGUGCGACCAACGGGGGGCGGGCAAAUCCACGCCUGCAGGGUGCGUGGUGGAGAACCGCACGGAGCUGCUGGUUGCGGACAUUGAGGCGCUCCGAGAGCACCUUGAGUUGGACAGGUGGGCGGUGGUGCAGGGCGGCAGCUGGGGCACCACACUGGCGCUGGCAUACGCGCAGGCACACCCGGACAGAGUGGCGGGCAUGGUGCUGCGGGGGGUGUGCCUGCUGCGGCGCCGAGAGAUCGACUGGUUCUACCGCCCGGUAGGGAGUGCCACUGUAUACUGCUAUUUUGGAGUUGCUUUUGAGAAUUCUCAAAAGCAACUCCAACGCUUUUGGCACACCACCUACAUCCCUUCUCUCUCCCCUCACCAUUUCACCCCUCUUUGGCAGGGCGGGGCAGAGGCACUGUUCCCAUUUGCGUGGCGGGACCUCAUGGCUGCACUCCCUUCCCCUGCUCCCACAUGCGCACAUGUUUGUGUUCGCCCCACCACUUACAUCCCUCCCUGUUCCACCGUGCACCAUUCACCCUGGCAGGGCGGGGCAGAGGCGCUCUUCCCAUUCGCAUGGCGGGACCUCAUGGCCGCGCUCCCUUCCCCUGCUCCCACGCGCUCGCAUGGCGAUGGGGAUGGCGGUGGGAAUGGAGGUGGGGGUGCAGAUGGGAGUGGGGUAACAGGUGGGAGUGUGGUGGCGGCAUUUUAUGAGCGACUCAUGAGCACCAACGCAGCCGCGAGAGACAGUGCUGUGAGUCCUCUCCUCUCACAUGCGCCACACAUCGUGUCACAUGCUCCACACAUCGUGUCACAUGCUCCACACAUCGUGUCACAUGCUCCACACAUCGUGUCACAUGCUCCACACAUCGUGUCACAUGCUCCACACAUCGUGUCACAUGCCGCUGCAUCCUUUUCUCCUUGUGUGGCCACUCAUGCCGCUGAGUCACUUCCCCGGCCCCUCCGCCCCUGCUGCCUUUUGAGUCGACUCAAAAGUCUGCUGCCAUCAUCAUCCCACAUCCGCACUCCCUCCCCCCUCUCCCCUCCAGGCAAGGGCAUGGAUGCUGUGGAAGAUGCACGCAUUGAGUGCCACUACUUUCAUCACGAUGGCUUCUUGGCCGACAACCAGCUGCUGCAUAAUAUAGAUACCAUCAGGCACAUCCCCACCGUCAUUGUGCACGGCCGAUACGACUUCGUCUGCCCCCUCAUUAACGCUAUUGACCUGCAUUAUGCAUGGCCAGAAGCCCAGCUUCGAGUUGUUCCCAAUGCAGGUCACUCCAUGUACGAGCCAGGAAUCACACAUGAGCUUAUUGUUAACCUUAAGCCGGCGCGCGAGCGCACAUCGCUCCCUAUGGCGUCCGAUCUAGAUACGGAGGGCGGCAAGGCGGCGGCGCCCGCUGCGCCGCGACGUCCGCUCAAGCUGCGCCUCAAGGUGGGCGGCGUGGUCGUCGGCGUCUCGCGUGCCGCUCCCAGUGCGCCGCGCGGGGAGAGCGGGGGGAGCGGAGGAAGCAGUGCAAUCAACGUGAGCAGCCGCGAGGAUCGUAUCAGAUCCGAUGUGCUCACGGAUUGUGACGAGCGUAUAGAAUCUAAGGACGCGGAUGUUGCGGAUAUUCGUCGCAAUGCGAAGGAGCAUAGACACGCUAAAAAGGAAGGUUCGCAGAAGGAGGGAAGGACGGAGGCGGAAGGAGGAGGGUGGGAGCUGCAGACGCCGCCGAUAGACGAACGGCGGACGGGCGCGCGGGAGGGAGAGCGGACGGGCGGGGGAGCGAGGGCGCGAUCGGAGGAGGGAGGAGAGGAGCGGGAGAAAUUAGAGAAACGGGAGGAGAGGGAAAAAACAGAGAAACGGGAGGAGCGGGAGGAGCGGGAGAGGCGGGAGAAGCGGGAGAAGAUGGAGCGCGCUUCGCGGAGGGAGGGUUUGGACGAGCGCGGUCGGUUGCAGCAGGCGCUGGAGAAGGCGAGGAAGGUGCUGUCGCAGAGCAAGCAGGAAGCACGUGCGAGCCCCACUUCCUCGUCGCCUGCUUCGUCGCCCUCCUCCCCUGCCACACCUGUCGUCGCCACCACCACUGCACUCGCAUCGCCAUCCACGCCGUCUGCGCCGCAGCAGCACCGUGUGUUCGUGGGCGACCUGGACCCCGCCACUACGGCCGCUGAGCUCUCGGAGGCGUUUUCACGGUUUGGGGCGGUGGUGCACGCGCGCAUGGUGGAGCUGCAGAGCUACGGGUUCGUGGGGUUCAAACACCGCUCCGAGGCCGAGGCUGCCAUCGCUGCUGGGGAGGACGGCCGGUCGACCAUCAUUGUCCGGGGCCAGCGGGUGCGGGUCUCAUGGGCACACGGGUCUCUGCCAGAAUGGAAGAAGGGGGUGGGUGGGUUUUCCUUUGCGGAAGGUUCCUCGAAGCUGCAGAAUGGCCGCAUGAAGAUGCUGGCAGCUACAGCAGCUGCCAGCGCUACAGCCAUGGCAGUGCUGACCGGUGCUGCCCCUGUCCCCAUGCCUGUGGGCCCUGCUCCUAUGGGUCACAUGGGCUUUCACCACCAGAUUGAGCCACAUGGCAAUCAGCACUACAUGCAGGAAGACGCCAUGGCUGACGAUAUCCCUCUCAAAGAUCAGCUAGACAUCGUCAUUCCUACCAUUCGCAACCUCGAUUUCCUCGAGCAGUGGCGGCCUUUCUUUCAGCCCUACCAUCUCAUCAUAGUCCAGGAUGGAGAUCCAACCAAGGUUAUCAAGGUCCCUCCCGGUUUUGACUAUGAGCUGUACAACAGAAAUGACAUCAACCGGAUCCUUGGCCCGAGAGCGUCGUGCAUCUCGUUUAAGGACAGUGCGUGUAGGUGCUUCGGCUACAUGGUGUCGAAGAAGAAGUACAUCUACACAAUCGACGACGACUGCUUUGUUGCCAAAGAUCCUUCAGGGAAGGACAUCAACGCGCUUCAACAGCACAUUAAGAACCUGCUCAGUCCGUCCACGCCUUACUUCUUCAACACGCUGUACGAUCCGUACAGAGAGGGUGCUGACUUCGUCCGAGGCUACCCAUUCAGCCUUAGGGAGGGAGUUUCGACCGCGGUGUCGCACGGCUUGUGGCUUAACAUCCCCGACUACGAUGCACCCACGCAGCUCGUCAAGCCAAGCGAGAGAAACACAAGAUACGUCGACGCGGUGAUGACUGUCCCGAAGGGAACCCUCUUCCCGAUGUGCGGGAUGAAUCUGGCGUUCGAUCGGGAGCUCAUCGGACCAGCCAUGUACUUCGGACUCAUGGGCGAUGGGCAGCCAAUCGGACGCUACGACGACAUGUGGGCGGGCUGGUGCAUGAAGGUGAUUUGCGACCAUUUGGGCCUUGGAGUGAAGACAGGAUUGCCGUACAUCUGGCAUAGCAAAGCCAGCAAUCCGUUUGUCAACCUCAAGAAGGAGUACAAGGGUAUCUUCUGGCAGGAAGACAUCAUCCCCUUCUUCCAAUCAGUGAAGCUGCCCAAGGAGGCGACAACGGUGGAGCAAUGCUACGUGGAACUCGCUAAGCAAGUGAAGGACAAGCUCUCUUCGCUGGACCCGUACUUCACCAAGCUAGCGGAUGCUAUGGUGACCUGGAUUGAGGCCUGGACUGAGCUUAACGCUAAAGCUCCUGCCUCCAAUGUUUCUCCUGCCAAAGCAAAGCAAGCUGCCAACCGUUUUCCGUCCGACUCCUGGAGAAGACCUGACGUUUCGCGGCUCUCUUCGCCGUACACGCCCUCCACCGUCCAUCGCCAACCGCCAUUCCGCCAAUCCGUAGCUCGCAGCACCCUCGCCACGUCACCAGGGACGUCAGGCCCGCUAGUAACGGUGCCGGACCUGCCGACAGUGUCGGUGGUGAUUCCUCUCUACAACGAGGCUCGGAGCAUCCCGAUCCUGGUGGAAAGGGUCGGUGACGUUCUGAGCCGCGCGGGGUGGCCGCACGAAGUGAUUUGCGUGGAUGACGGGUCGUCUGAUGGCACGUCGCUGCUGCUGAAGGCGAUGGCGGCAGAGAGGCCGGAGCUGCGGGUCGUGGUGCUGCGUCGCAACUUCGGCCAAACUGCCGCCAUGGCUGCUGGCUUUGACUACGCUGCAGGUGACUUCAUAGUAACGUUGGACGGCGACUUACAGAACGACCCAUCGGACAUUCCGCGGCUGCUGCGCCUGCUGCUGCUGGGCCGCAAGGGCGCCGUGGGGCAGGAGGCGGGGGCGCGGUGGGUGACGGGCAGGGAGCGCGAUGGCGGGGGGUAUGACAUGGUGUGUGGGUGGCGGCGCACACGGAGAGACGACUUGCUCUCGCGCAAUCUGCCCUCUGCCAUGGCGAAUCUGCUCAUUGGCGCCGUCACAGGGGUGCGGCUGCACGACUACGGGUGCAGUCUGAAGGCGUACCGCGGGUCGCUGGUGCGCUCCAUGCGCCUGUACGGCGAGCUGCACCGCUUCCUGCCCGCCCUCGCCGCCAUGGAGGGCGCCUCCAUCUCCGAGAUCGAGGUGCAGCACCAUCCGCGGCAAGUGGGGGUAUCAAAGUACAAUCUCUCACGCACGCCCCGUGUGCUCGUGGAUCUGCUCACAGUCGCCUUCCUCACGCGCUUCCGAGACCGCCCCAUGCACUUCUUCGGACCCCUCGCCGCCCUCGCGCUCCUCGCUGCUGCCGUGUUUUUUGUCCUCUUCUGUGCUGCGGCGCUCAAGGCGGCUGCGGCGUAUGGGGUGGGCAUGGCCAUGGUGGUGGGGGCAGCGCACCUGGUGGCGUCUCUUGAGUUUGUUGUUGCUGGAUUUGUGCUGUUUGGGCUAGGCCUGGUGGCAGAGCUGUGUAUGAGGACGUACUACGAGGCACAAGGGAGAUCUGUGUACCGAGUGAGAGAAGUAGCCAAUUGA